AUGCACCCCUGGAAAUUGACGCAGGAAAGGAAUGGCAGUGUCCAGGAGAUGGACGACUUCCUCCACUCCCAGUUUGCCGCCAACUGCCAGGAGCUGUGGCUGAGGAUCCCUGCUCCGAUCUACUCCAAGCCUCUGGAAAAGGCAGCCAGUUCCCUCCCACAGCCAGCCAGCCAACCACACAGUGCUAGCAGUUCUCCAUCAACACAGAUUUCAGCACUGGUGUUCCACUGCCUCUCGCUCUGGACUGGGCAACGGGGGCAGGAGAUGCUGCAGCCAACUGGCCCGCUGAGGAGGAGCGGGGGCUUCCCGGCAGACAGAGACGGAGGAGGGAGCGGACAGGCAGGAGUGACCUGCUGGAAACUCGUGACUCUAAUUAUCCUGCAAGGAAUGCUCAGUGCAAUCAUCUUCAGCUACCUCCGGGUCUCCAUGGAGCCAGAUCCCAUGAUCCCCCACACGGGGGAACUACAGAAGCAGCUCCAAAGCAGUCCCGCAAUAGCCGAGGAACAUGCGGCCCUCACCAUCCUGCUCUGGACUUGGCCCUUCGGCAUCCCUUUCCCCAUCGAGAGCUGUGCCACACUGCUGGACAUCCCCGCCUGCCAGUUCACGGCCAACCGCAGCUGGUACCGCAAGGCCGACGCGGUGAUCAUGCACCAUUACGAUGUGAGGCCCAGCCGCACCAGGCUCCCUCGAGAACCCAGACCUCCCUUGCAGCGCUGGAUUUGGUUCAAUAUGGAGUCUCCUACCACCUUCCCCAUCCCAGAUUUCCUGGACAACCUCUUCAACCUCACCAUGUCCUAUCGGAGGGACUCAGAUAUCUUCAUCCCUUAUGGGUGGCUGGAAGUUCUCGCUGAAUCCCAGGCGGUCGCUGUUCCACCAAAGUCCAAGCUCGUGGCCUGGGUUGUGAGCCACUGGAACCCGAACUUUGCACGGGUGAAAUACUAUGCAGAACUGAAGAAGUACCUCCAAGUGGAUGUGUACGGGCGUGGCCACCUGCCCCUUCCCAGGAACAAGCACCUGUCCACUUUAUCCCAGUACAAGUUCUACCUGGCCUUUGAGAACUCCAUUCAUGAGGACUACAUCACUGAGAAGGUCUGGAGGAAUGCCCUGCUCUCUUGGGCUGUGCCGGUCGUCCUGGGGCCUCCCCGGAAGAACUAUGAGAGCUUUCUGCCUCCGGAGUCGUUCAUUCACGUCGAUGACUUCCCAACCGCGAAAGAGCUGGCCAGCUUCCUGCAGGACCUGGGCAGGAACACCACGCGGUACGAGAGCUACUUCCAGUGGCGCUCCCGGCUGAAGCCCGUGGGGCACACCUCCUGGGGCUUCCAGUACUGCAGAGCAUGCCAGGCGCUGCAGAAAAGGCCAACCCAGUACCAGGCCGUGCCGGAGCUGCGCAAGUGGUUCACAUGA